AUGGCUUCUUCAGCAGCAAAGGGAAAGGCACCCGCCAACGGCACCGCAGUAGACACUCCCUAUGAACUUCCCUGGGUGGAAAAGUAUCGACCAAAGCUUUUGGAUGACAUCGUCGGGAAUGGCGAGACCAUCGAGCGUCUCAAGGUCAUAGCGAAGGACGGGAACAUGCCACAUAUCAUUAUCUCGGGGAUGCCUGGUAUAGGGAAGACGACAAGCAUUCAUUGUCUAGCUCACCAACUUCUCGGGGAUGCAUAUAAGGAAGGCGUCUUGGAGCUCAACGCAUCUGAUGAAAGAGGUAUCGAUGUCGUCCGUAAUAAAAUCAAAGCCUUCGCUCAGAAGAAGGUUACGCUCCCGUCGGGGAGACACAAGAUCGUUAUCCUGGAUGAGGCGGACAGCAUGACACCAGGUGCUCAACAAGCACUGCGACGAACGAUGGAGAUCUACGCGAACACAACGCGAUUCGCUCUGGCAUGCAACAUGUCGAACAAAAUCAUCGAACCUAUACAAAGUCGAUGUGCUAUUCUGCGCUACGCAAAGUUGAAGGAUACGGAGAUUCUGAAGCGUCUGCUGGAAAUUUGCGACAUGGAGAAGGUCAAGUACAACGACGAUGGUCUCACCGCGCUCAUCUUCACCUCGGAAGGCGACAUGCGACAAGCGAUCAAUAACCUCCAAUCCACGCACUCUGGGUUCGGCUUCAUCUCUGGUGACAAUGUCUUCAAAGUGUGCGACCAACCGCAUCCAAUCAUCGUGCAAAGUAUCAUUCGCGCGUGCCUCAAGAGCGAUAUCGACGGUGCAAUGCAGAAGCUGACCGAGCUGUGGGACCAGGGCUACAGCGCUGUCGACAUUGUCGUCACGAUCUUCAGAGUGGUGAAGACGUUCGACGAAAUACCAGAGUACACGAAACUUGAAUACAUCAAGGAAAUUGGCUUCACACAUAUGCGGAUAUUGGAGGGUGUCGGCACGCUCAUCCAACUAGGUGGCCUUAUGGCACGCUUGUGCAAAAUGAAUCUGAAGCCUGAGCUGUUCAAAAUAUAGGGCAGGGACGACGGCCUGUACAUGUAUUUCUGUGCAUCCUUAUAUUCCACCUACAUCACCACUUGUGCAUCGCAACACGUUCUCCGCAUCUCGCAUAUGUGUGCCAUACACGUAC